AUGGCUUCAAAGUUUUUCCUCCUUGCCCUGUUGGCUUUCUCGGCUUCUCGUGCUCUUGCCUCUGACCCGGGCCAGCUUCAGGAUUUCUGCGUCGCUGACAAGACGUCUCAAGUUUUUGUCAAUGGAUUCGCAUGCAAGGACCCAAAGACCACAGUGGUAGAGGACUUCUACUUCUCUGGCCUCCACAUGGCCGGCAACACAAGCAACAAGCAAGGCUCCAUUGUGACUGCAGUUAACGUGGCACAGAUUGCCGGGUUGAACACUUUGGGUGUCUCAUUGGCGCGUAUUGAUUAUGCACCUUAUGGUCAAAACCCACCGCACCUUCACCCUCGUGCAACCGAGAUCCCGACAGUGUUGGAAGGCUCACUCUAUGUUGGUUUCGUGACUUCAAACCCUGAGAACAAGUUGUUAUCAAAAGUUUUGAACAAAGGGGACGUGUUUGUGUUUCCACAAGGCUUGAUUCACUACCAGAAAAACUUGGUUAACAUUGGAAACAACGAAGCGAUAGCCAUUGCGGCGCUGAGCAGCAAGAACCCCGGUGUGAUCACCAUAGCCAAUGCAGUUUUUGGAUCCAAGCAAACCAUCUCAGAUGAUAUCCUAGCCAAAGCCUUCCAAGUGGACAAGAACAUCAUAGACCAUAUCCAAGCUCAAUUCUAG